GCCGGAACCGCGGGUCGGAGCGUCGGAGCACGCGAUAUGGUAUCGCGAUGCGCGCUCGCGAUGAUCAUCGUGGCUAUCUUGGGUGCGAGGGCGACUGAGGCGACGCUCCCUGCCGCCGGAGCCGCGUCGGACGCCGAGAAGACUAGGUCGGAGUUUUCGCGCAGAUUGCAGAUGGCGCGGGAAGGAGAGCCCGCGAGGGAGGUGGACGACUAUCACUACGUCUUCUCCGCGGACUGCAAGCCAUACAUGGAGUGGCAGUCCGUCGCGCUCUACUACAGCUGGGUCUCCGCGGGUGCGCCAGGCCGGUUCACCCGGCUGCUCAGCUGCGACGACCCGAACUAUCCCUACGUCAACUCCGUGCCGACGCACGUGACGCCGCUAUACACCAACAUAGACCCGAAGGACCCGUACUCGGCGUACAAUCUUCCCGGGUCCAUGAUGCACUGGACCCAGCACAACCGCACCGACCGCAAGUGGAUCAUCAAGCUCGACGCUGACAUGAUCGUGCGCAAGCCCCUCAGCGUCACCGACGGGCUCGAAGCGGAGGAGGGCCUGGUCGCCGCGGGCAUAUACGGCUACCUCCACGGCGUCGACAACGAGAUGGCGCCGAUGUUCGUGCCCGCGGACGUCGUCCCGAGGCUCGCAAAGGUCGGGGGUUGGGAGAUCUUCUGGGCGAGCGACCUGGUCAAGGCGGCGCCGCUCUGGUUCGAGUACACCAAACGGGUGCGACAAGAUCCCCGAGCGUGGUGGCCGUUCAAGGGCACCGGCGACGUGUACAUCACCAAGGAGUCCCCGAGGCCGUGGAUCAGCGAGAUGUACGGGUACGUGUUCGGAACGGCCAUGGCGGGUUUGCGGCACAACGUGGAACCGAGCGCGCAGCUUUACGCGGGUAUGGCGCCGUGGGACCAGGACUCGUUCGAUCCAUUCCUGAUUCACUACGGCCUGAGGAUCGACAUCGGCGACUGGAACUGGGACAAGCACUUCGAGCUGCAGGGCACCGCGCACAGGGACAAGCUCAACUGCGAGCUGCCUUACUACCCGUUCCCGAUGGUCCCGAAGAAGCACUGGCCCGGGAGCCACCACGGCACACUGUUCCAACCGGGCCAGGAGGAGGCGCGCAGGGUAGAGAUCGUCAUGGAGCUGAUGUUGGCGCUCAACAAGGGCAUACGCGCGUGGCGGCACGUGCACUGCGGCGAGCCGUGGCCGGAGGGUCUGUCCUCAAAGGGGCUGGAGCACAUCGUGGGCGAGGUGACGGACGAUCACGCGGAGCACCGAGCGAAGGGCGACGGCCACGAGUUUGAACGCCGACGCCAACACCCGCGGGAGAAAUCGGAGGCUGAGAUGGCGCACCUCGAGCACGUGCAGGCUGCGACGAAGGCGAAGGCGGGGGAAGACUCGGCUUCGAAGGAGAGUAAACCCGCGCCGGUCGUGGGCGGGCGAAGGGCGGGCGGUGGGUUCAAGGGAAGGAACGUGAAAGACGGCAUGGCGAACAUGUGGUUGUACUUUUCGUUCGGCUGGGGGUUGGUCCUGACUGUCAUGGCCAGGUACCUGUUCUGCCCGCCGAGCGCCGGCAAAGCGCGUCGCAAGGGUCGAUCGAGGAGGCACGAGAUUCCGAAUCGUUAUUACACUUCUUAGCGAGCCUAGUUAUUGGAGACUGUUGACGAACAUGAUGGAGAGCGCGGCGAUGGUGAUGAAGAUGGGCACGGCGCUGACGCCGUAGAGGACCAGGAACCCGAAGGGGUUGCCGUCCUUCUCGUCCCCGUCGUCCUCCGCGUACGCGGCCCUCCUCUCUUCCUCGAUCUGGGUUUUGAUGCCCGCCGCCUGGUUGGCGAUCUCGGCGUACCUGGAGGGUCCGCGCUCCUUCCUCGCCUCGCUGUCCAGCCCGGGCCAUUCGCGGAAAUCCUGCAGGAGCGUCUCCACGACCAGGGCGUCGGUCGGUAUCUCGCCGGCGUCGAUCGCCUCCAGCGCCUCCACCUUCUCGUCCGCGCUCACGCCGGACUCGUCCUCGAUCCCGUAACGCUCGCGGCGGUCCGCCAGCCUCGGAUCCUCGAUCGCGAGCGUGAGCCUGACCUCGUUGAAGUUCAUCUCGCGCUUGACGUAGAGGAGCUUGAGGUAGUCCUUGAUCUCGGCGACCAUGUCGGCGAUCCUGGCCGCCUCGGGGUCCACGGCGGGCGCAGCGGGCGCGGGCACCUCGGGCUCAGCGGCGGGCGCGGGCGCGUCCUCGCCCUCCGCCGCGACGAUGGUCAGCGCGCGACGGGUUUCGCGGCGGCGACCGAGGGCCUCAGCCUUUGAGGUCUCGCGGCGGACCGCGAUCGCGGGAGCCGAGGGCCGCGACACGCGAGCGGCACGGGGCGCCGCCGCGUAAACCAUGGCGCGGGGGGUUAUUGUGGCGCGAACGAUGGUCG